AUGGGCGAUAUCAGUCUGAUCUCUGCGCAACAAAGUUCUUUCCCGACGGUGGGAGAGUCUUUGGGAACCAGCACCACGGCCGCCGCCAUCGUGAUCGACGCCGACUGGUUGGCGUCAAUCAAUGAGAGGGUCAAACAGCUGUCGCGAGGCGAGGGCCACGGGAACCCCUCGACGAUCUUCCGGGUCCCAAAGAGCAUCCGCGAUGUCAAGCCAAGCGCGUUCGAGCCCCAGAUCAUCUCCUUCGGCCCCUACCACUACGGCCGGGAGCACCUGAAAGGAAUGGAGGAGCACAAGUGGUGUUACCUCAGAGACCUACUCCACCGGGAUCGCAGCAAGAGCCUCGAGGACUACCUGAGGAAGAUGAAGGAACUGGAGAACCGCGUGAGAAGCUGUUACGGUGAUCCCAUCCGAGAGAAAGACAGCAACAGCUUUGUGGAGAUGAUGACACUCGACGGGUGCUUUCUCGUAGAGCUCGUAAUCAAAUACAGCGAAUGUCAGCGUCUUCAACAGCGGGAAGAGCAUACUUCGGUCGACCGGAGCAAAUUCUGCAUGAUCGUAAACGACAUGAUGUUGCUCGAGAACCAGCUCCCCUUCUUCGUUCUCCAGGAAAUCUGGUGUCUUCUGAAAGCUGCCAACGGAGAACCUAAAGAUAAGCUUGUUAUGUAUUUCCUCUCUCUUCUAAAAGAAUUCUCUCCGACCAGCUCCUCAGAGCCCUCGACCCUUCCUCCCAUUUGAGUUCCCCCCACCAUCUAGUCGACCUGUUUCGAUCCUUCAUCCUCCCAAAGCGGAACCCUGAGCCAGAACCCUGGUCUCCUCUGGACAUAAUCCCAUGUGCGACAGAGCUCGAGAAGGCUGGCGUGGAGUUCAGAGAGAAGGCUGGCGCCCACGUCCUUGAAGCGGCAUUCACCGACGGAGUGAUGCACAUGGCCCCCCUUAGCAUCUACGACCACACCGAUUCGCAUCUGCGAAACCUCAUCGCCUUCGAACAGUGCUUCCCAGCGGCCGGGGACGAAAUAUCUAGCUACGCCGUGCUCAUGGACUUCCUUAUUGACACGCCGGUGGACGUGGCGGUGCUGAGGCGGAGCGGCGUCCUGCUCAGCGGGCUUGGCAGCGACAAGGAGGCCGCCAGCUUCUUCAACAACCUGUGCAAGGAUAUCUUCACCUAUCGCACGGGGAAGCUCUACGUAGACGUGAAGGAAUACUGCAAGGUAAGACAUCGGAAGUGGAAGGCGGAGCUGGUGCACGACUACCUCCGCAGCCCUUGGACAUUCAUCCCGGUUAUGGCUGCAGCCAUUCUUCUCCUUCUCACGCUUACCGAGACGAUCUUCGCCGUUCUAUCCUUCUUGAGUUCCCUUUCGCAUUAG